AUGGCGCCAAUGAAACAGGAUAAUCUCUUUAGUAGUAGUAGUAAUUACUACGGCGAGGACGUCGCCUCUCCCUCUUCGCAUCAGAUGGAGGCCGUCGACAUCCUCGCCAGCUGCUACCUUGUUUCCAACUACCCCGGGGCCCAGCUCAAGGGCCUCCACUACUGCGCUACGGGCGUCACAGGGGCCGAGUGCCCCCCCCUCGCGGCCCUCGACACGUCGACCAACCAGCUGGCGGUGACUGCCAAGGCGAAGUCAUCUGCUGGAAACAACAGCAGCUCAGCUGGUAGACGUGCCGGGAGUAAUCACAGGGGACGAGGGGGGGCAACACUACGCAUCAGGGAAGAAUGUGAGAGGUUCUUUUGCGAGACAUUGCGCGCCGUGCUUCUAGGUGAGGAGAACUCGGCGGUGCAGGGCUCGGGCCUGGCUAGUGUUUAUUACGACAACGACAACCACAACUCCAACAACGGCAACACUCCUUUAACCCCGCCAUACGACGACUAUCCAAUCGGGGAUGAACACCUGAUGAGUCGUCACGGAUUCGAUGCUCGCGGUGUCACCGGAAACGGAUCGCACCGCGUCGACUCCUGGAUCGAACUAUGGGAUUACGUGGGCGGCACCAGCUUCCGCGGGGUUGUCGCUGAGGAUAUGGAAACCGGGGACAAGACGUUGAUGAUCUUUUUCGACGAGCAGAGUGUGGAGGGGAGGGAUUUGAAGAAGGCUCUCGUAGCCCUCAUCGAACUCGCCGACGGCCCCCUCGCCUGCUCCCACAUGGUCAUCUGCCUCGACCGCUCCAUCCCCGACCAUGAAGCAGUGCCCUUGAUGAAGGGGCUGCAAUGGGCUGGGUUCUCCAUGACGACUUUCGACUUUUGGUCUGGUGGAAAGACUUGUGACGUGGUCAGUGGGAGGUGGUUGUUUAUGGGUAUGGAAAUGUAAUCCACGUGGAGCACGAUUGACGCGGAGUGACACGGCGGAUGCAUCGGGGGAGAGGGGAGGAGAUAGGAGGAGGAGGGAAGAUGUGUCGGCUGUGAAAAGCGGGAUUUCUUUGCAUCUGCUCCAAAAGUCUGCUUCCUUGUUUCUGUUUCUUCCUAUGGUUGUGCGUUUUCUUUUCUUUCACUUCGUUGGCGGGCUUCAGGCAUAUGACAGAUGGAGAUGAUCUUCUGGAUUGUGUUGGUGGACGGUUUGUUGAAGAUGAGAGUUUUACUUCACGGGUCGAGAUAGGAAUACACUGGACAUUAUAUCCCGGCACUCCACGCUAC